CCCCGCCCCCGGCAACACGACCACGCUCCCCUCAACACGACCACCCUGCCCCCGGCAACGCAACCACCCGCCCCCAACCAACGCAACCACCCUGCCCCCCAGCAACGCGACCACCCCGCCCCCCGGCAACACGACCACUCCACCCUCAAACAACACGACCACCCCGCCCACAACCAACGCGACCACCCCGCCCCCCGGCAACGCAACCACCUCGCCCUCCAGCAACACAACCACCCAACCCCCGGCAACGCAACCACCUCGCCCCCCAGCAACACGACCACCGUUCUCCUCAACACAACCACCCCACCCUCAACCAACACGACCACCCCGCCCCCCAGCAACAGGACCACCCCACACCCCGGCAACACAACCACCGCACCCCUCAGCACCUCCAUUACGACCCCGGCCCUGAUCAAUUUCUUUCUCUCGUUCCGCAUUGUGAACUGGAACUUCAACAACUCCCUUCGCGACCCCACCACCAGUUACUACAAGGAUUUAUAUUCCAAAAUCCAGAGCAUGUACAACAAGACCUACGGCUGCCCAACGUGCCCGAAUGGGCAGAACUACCUGGGAUUCACUGAUCUGCGUUUCAG